UUGUGUGUAGUGUAGUCUUUCUUUCCCUAUCACCGAGACCAUCCACACACAAACAGACAGACAGUCACACAAAAAGUGAAAUUCAUUCCUUUCGUAAACCCUAGAAUACCCAACAAAAUCAAAAUUCAUUUCUCUUAAAUUCUCAAAUUGUAGCAAGAAUUUUUUUUAAAAAAAGAUGGUGGAUUUCAGUAGAGUACAAAAAGAACUACAAGAAUGUAACAGAGACAUAGGUGUAUCUGGUAUAAGCGUGAGCCCCAAAUCCGAUAAUCUUACUAAUUUGAUCGGCGCUAUACCCGGCCCGAUUGGUACUCCUUAUGAAGGUGGAACCUUUAAGAUUGAUAUCGAUUUGCCCGGUGGGUAUCCUUUUGAGCCACCAAGGAUGAAAUUUGCAACUAAAGUUUGGCACCCAAAUAUUAGCAGCCAAAGUGGAGCCAUUUGCUUGGACAUUUUGAAGGAUCAGUGGAGCCCAGCUCUUACUUUGAAAACAGCACUUCUUUCCAUACAGGCCUUACUCUCGGCCCCUGAACCCGAUGACCCACAAGACGCUGUGGUGGCACAACAGUAUCUUAAAGAUUAUGCGACUUUUGCAAGCACCGCCCGCUACUGGACUGAAUCGUUUGCAAAGACAUCAUCUCUCGGGAUUGAUGAAAAGGUUCAAAAGCUUACAGAGAUGGGAUUUCCUGAAGGUUUAGCUAGGAGUACUCUGGACGUCGUUGGUGGCGAUGAAAACUUGGCUUUGGAGAAGCUCUUAUCUGGCUAAUAAUAAUUGUUUGUAUUGGACUUAAAUUAUUGUUGUUGAACAUAGGAAGAAGAAAAAUUUGAAAAUUGAUUGAUCAAUAUGAAAUGAAAUCCUUGUGUUUGCGGAAUCA